CCAGAAUGCCUCCUACUCAGGCAGAAAGUGUCAUAAAGAAUAUCAUCCGAGAAAUAGUACAAGAAUGUGCAGUCCAUGGAGAGAUUAUUUCUGAAACUCUGGUUGCUUUUAUGGUAAAAGUUGUUGUUCUGGAUCCAGGUAAUGGCUUUAACAUGGACAGAGCCCUUGUAAAAAGUGACGUGCAGAAACUUGUUAAGCUUUGUGUGGCUCGGCUAUUAGAUAAUAAAAAUCCAUCCCUGGACACCAUUAAGAUGCAAGUCUACUUUGAUUUGAACUACACACGUCGAGAUGAAUUUCUUGAAGAGCAUCAUCGAGUCCUAGAGUCUAGACUAGGCUCUAUCAGCAGAGAAAUUACAGAUAACAGAGCAUGUGCUAAGGAAGAACUGGAAAGCCUCUACCGGAAGGUGGUCAGCUACGUGUUGCUGCGCUCCGGCCUGGGGUCCCCAACAGACAUCAAGAUUGUCAGAGAAGCAACAGCUGCUCUACAGAGUGUUUUUCCUCAAGCUGAGCUUGGGACUUUUCUAACUCUUUCUAAAAAGGACAAAGAACGCCAGCUGAAAGAACUUGCUAUGAUUGUUACUGGAAUUCGUUUGUUUAAUAAAGACUGUGGAAAAGGAGGAGAAGGCAUCGAUGAUCUGCCAGCUAUUCUGCAUGAAGCGGUCCCAGCCACCACUCAGCACAUUGAUUCCCAGCUGGAGACAGCCCAGACCCUGGCUUACCGCUACACAGCUGUGCUCGAGAAAGCAGUGAAGAACCCGCUCUUGAGGAGUGAACUUCAGCCAUAUAGGUUGAAAGAGGCCCUAUAUAAUGUGCGACAAUAUGAGGUCUUCCUUCACAUCAUUUUGUCAGAAAUAAUUUCUUGUACCCAAGAAGUGGAACUGAUGAUAAAUCAGGUACGAGCCCUACUGGAGCAAUUAAAAAUGACUAUAAAAUCCAAGACAGCUGUCCCCACAUCACAGGUCUUUCCUAUCUUCAUUUCACUUUCCAAUCUGUGGACCAGCCUUCAGGAUGAAACCAUUCUGAUUAGUGUCCUCAGCAGUUUAGCCACUCACCUUGAACCAUUCCUGGGCUCUCAUGAACUACUCUUCCCUGAAAAAUUAGUACAAGACCUUCUCAAUGGGGAGACUGUGAAAACUGAUAUGUGUAGAAUUAAAGAAAACAUGGAAGAUAGAGUACAUCCAUUGGAUUUCAGAAAACUAGAGUGGCUUUUCCCAGAAACAACAGCAAAUUUCGAUAAGUUGUUAAUUCAGUAUCGGGGAUUUUGUGCUUACACAUUUGCUGCAACAGAUGGUCUUCUCCUUCCAGGAAAUCCAGCAAUUGGAAUUUUGAAAUAUAAAGAAAAGUAUUACACUUUCAAUACAAAAGAUGCUGCAUAUUCAUUUGCAGAAAAUCCUGAAAAUUAUAUUGAUUUAGUUAGAGAAAAGGCCAAAAAAAAUGCAGAAUUGAUUCAGCUACUGGAACUUCACCAACAGUUUGAAACUCUCAUUCCGUAUUCUCAGAUGAGAGAAGUUGACAAACAUUAUAUAAAACCAAUUACAAAGUGUGAAAGUAGCUCACAGACGGAUACACACAUAUUGCCACCAACUAUUGUAAGAUCAUAUGAAUGGAAUGAAUGGGAAUUAAGAAGAAAAGCUAUACAAUUGGCCAAUUUGCGUCAGAAAGUUACUCACUCAGUACAAACUGAUCUUAGUCACAUGCGAAGAGAAAAUUAUUCCCAGGUGUACCCUGCAAAGGACUCUGGCACCCAGUCCCUGAGGGAAGGCAGCUCUCGAGUGCCCAGGCCUCAGAUUUACUUGGCUGGUCUUCGAGGAGGACAGGGCACAGUCACUCAUGGGGUCAAGGUGAACUUAACUAGAGCUGUUGAUGAAACCUAGUUAGAGAUCAUAUUUUUAAAAGUAGAUGUUACGCAAUUAAUGAACAAUGGCAAUUAAUAUUUUACAUCUAUGAAAAUUAAUUUUGCGAGGGUAGGACAUUCAUUGGUUAGGUGAUUGUUGGAUUCCCAUAUUCUAUCAAACUGCAGCAAAAAACUAGAAGUUGGUUUUUGUAUUUUUAUUCUAUUAAAAUAGAAAAGUAAAACUGUCCAUUUAUCAUUUA